CUCAGCCUUGUUUGUGGAGAGGUAUAGUCGUGAACGUCAAGCGAUGCUGUUGCACCAGAUUUCAGUCGGCUUCAUCAGCACGCGGAUGCUCUACCGGGCUCUUCUUCGUUCAGUUUCCGGUCCUACAACGAGCGUGGAACUUUAAUCCUGUUAUAGCCAGCUGUCCUGUAUCGACUACAAAGUUUUAAAAAGAAUCCCAUCCCGAGCAACAGAAAAUGUUGCUCGACUUAGACAACGUUAAAGGCAAAUGUUUGGCAUUUGGUGUGGUCGUUUUCAUAGUACUUGUUAUAGUCAUCAUUACGGGAUUGACUAGCCCGAGCCAUCCAGCCAAAUGGCAGGCAUCAUUCAAUUCGUCCGAGAUCGCCGGCAACGGUACGCAAGAGGAAUACUUGAUGCUGGGCGCCAUCGGCCAGUACGCAUCGAAUCGCAAUACAAUCGGCGUCGAUAAAACAGGCCACAUCAAAACGAAAUGGGGUGUAGGUUGAUGUGGUACGAGACCGGCGACUAGCAGCAUUUGUUAUCGCUAAACAAUCGCAUUUGGAAUGUAGAUUUGUAAAGACGUCUAUAAUAUUACGUACUGUCAUAUUAAAAAACAAAAAAACUGAUAACCGGUGCCUAUUUUUACCCAACUUGCGAUGACUAUUUAUUUUCAGCAAAAAAAGAAAAAACUUUUAGAAUCUCAACUUGUUUGCUUCAUCUAUGUAUGUAUAAUAUUGACACCAUUUUAUGCAACCUUUUUAUUACACUGCUUUGAGACAAUA